CCCACACCUUUUUCCCCGAAGUACACUCGCAGUCUGAUGGUACCUACCUAGCCGCAUACUACACACAUACCAUUUCCCCCUUCACCCCACGUACAGCACUUGGGUACACACACACCCCGUCUGCUCAGAGGAUGCUGAUGUAUAGGGCCUAGUCUACCAAACAAUGUGUGCUGGCAAGGGGCCCCUACCUUGCACCCGCUUCCUGGUCACUUGCUAGUAGUCAAGUCAUUGUCCCCUUCUACCUCCACCCCUCCCCCUCCUUUUUCUGACUAUUAGAUCUUUGCCCGUCUUGGUCUUCUAGAUCUUGACUCCACCGUCCGGGAUACUGUCUCUGCGAGGUACCAAGAUACAUUCUUCAAGUGAGAGAGAGACAGUGGUCCUCUGCUCUGGGUCUCAACCGUCCACGGUCACAUAAUACCCGGGGUCACCUCCGGCUGAUCGCGGACCAACUGCUCGACCUUGCUCUCUUUCUCAAACACCAGACUGAUCUUCACUCAUCUGUCCGUCUCUCGCCAUUCCUCGCGCUUGUCCAUUCCAGCCCUACGAAUCCUUUGCCAUAUCAAACUCGUUUAUUGUCCCCCCUUCUCCCACAACCGUCUUCCUCGACCUCUUUUUUCUUCCUCCGAACUCACAUGACACUGUACGCACCAUUUCGAACCGGAGACGCAGAGUCUUCCUUGUCGAACAUUCCAACACCGCCAGAACUGCCGGUGAUGGAUCCAGAGCUGUACCACAACAACAACAACACGCCUUCUUCUUCCUUUACAGUACCGUCGUCUAUUGCCAGCGUGAAGAGAGACCCAUCGAUAUCGCAGUCGCCUCCUCACAUGUCGCCCCUGACGAGUGUCGAAGCCAUGUACACGGCAUCGCCGCAGCUAGUAACACGGACGAACUCUACGACCCCUGAUCCAGCCCACGCUGAUGGGCAGUUGGUUGUGGGAAUGGGGAUCCGUGAUGGCGAGUGCCAGAGGGCUUUCAUGCCCUCUUCAGUUCCUCGCCAAGGAGCUUCUUCUUCCAUGUGGAGCGCCUGUAUGGGAGGGUCACAAACUGGAAGCGACGAUUUCGACAACUACGCUCUGCACAGCUCUCGGCCUGGUCAGGUAGCUGACGGACUCCCUCCUCCAUCUUCGCGUAGCUGGACGCCUCCAGAACACAUUCGCUCGGUAUCUUGGGAUCACUAUCCGAGACAGCAACUAGUUGCUUCUUAUUCACAAGGCCCAGAACUGACUUCUUUCCCGGCUGAUGGGCUUCCUUACAACCUUCCCCUGCAGAGUUAUGACGGGGCAGAAGGCAGCUUUCUGCAGCGAAGCCAGACAGAACCGUGCCCAAGGCAGUAUCAGAACGAAGUAUCGACACCAGAAAGCCUUCGCGCGCUGUCCCCCUGCAGCACUACUCUGUGUCUAAAGGCAGAUUACGACGAGGGUCUGCCAAGUCCAACACCCGCCGCGCAGCAACAGCCAUUACCGGGCACGAUGGAGGACUUGAUGGGUGGUGGUGGUGGACCUCACUCGCCACCCCCGAUCGGAACGGGUAACGGGAGUCAAAUCGACAGCAGUGCGCCGAGCCCAACAUCAGCAGCAGCAGUAGCAGCAGCAGCAGUGGUAAUUCCCGGCGGCGGGGGUGGCGCAUCCGACUCGGGCUUGACGAGCAACAACACUAGCAACAGCAGCAGCAACAACAACAAAAACGAAGAGCCCUACGCAAAGCUCAUUUACCGUGCCUUUAUGAGCAAGCCGAACCACGCCAUGACCCUGCAGGAGAUCUACCAGUGGUUCCGGGACAACACGGACAAGGGCAAGGAUGAUACCAAGGGGUGGCAGAACAGUAUCCGGCACAAUCUGAGCAUGAACAUGGCUUUUACCAAACGUGAGAGAAAAUGCAGCACCGCCAGCCAGAGCGAUCCCUCGACAGCAGACGACAAGCAGCCAGAAGAAGAGACCAAACCGGUUGUUUUGGCUUCGUCUUCUUCUCCUGCUACCGCUGCUAUUUCAGCCGACCAAAAGAAAUCUACCGAGUGGUACCUUGAGCCCUGGGCCAUUCACGAGGGUGUCCAAUCCACCACCCGCUACCGCAAGGGGAACCAGUCCCGACGCAGCGGUGCCCUGUCUUCAUCUUCCCUUCGGUAUGAUGACUUUUCCCGGCGGUCGUCAUCUGGUAGUCAUCGGGGCAUUAACAAACCCGGAGUCUACAACGGCAGAAUCCGCACCGCGUCGUCGUCGUCGUUGUCGUCUGCUUCCCGACAUGCCCAGACCAACAUGAGGAACCACGCUCGGAACAUUGCGCAUGCCAUGGCCCAGGCGCAGGUGGCGGCCAUGGCGGUGGGGUACUACCCCCCUCCUCCUCCGCAGACAUCACCCUACGCUGGGAGCCACUCGGGGUUUUAUCCUGCUGGGCCGUUGGUGCAGGUGGACAUGCCCGCGAUGGGGGUGGACCAGCAGCAACAGUUGGAUUAUCACCACCAAGCUCAUCAGGAUGGGUACUAUCUUCACUCUCAGCGGUCUGCUGCUUCUACUCGGGCGCCGUCAGACGAGCCGGUGACACCCGAGCCGGUGAAUGUCGGGUUGGCGUACGGGCAGGGGACCGCACCGGAUGGGUUGUUGCUUCCCGAUUUGAGGACCACGAGCGCAAGUAAUGGGGAUUAUCACGGGGGUUUAAUGCAGCAUCAUCAUGUUUAUGACACUCAUCAUCACAAUGGGUGGGGGGGAGCGAGCACGGCGAUUAUGGAUGAUGGGGAACAACAUCAUCAUAUGGGGAUGGUUGGGUAUCAUCAGUAUUAAGUGUCUUUUUUUUUUCUUUUCUGUCAUUUCUUUUGUUGCUGUACAUACAUACAUGGCGAUAAAAAGUUGGAGUGGAAAUGGGGAUUUUUGGUUGAUCAGCAAGCAAGGGUUGGUUGUGUUUUAAGCAUGGGUUAAUUUUGGGGGGCGGAUAGCAUGGAUUUUUGUACAAUUAUUAUACCUUAUCAUGGUGGGCAGAGGAAAAGAGAGAGUUGAGGUGUGUUGUUAUUUUUGCUUCUUGUUUUCUGGUGUGGGGUUUGAAGUGAGUAUCUGUAGAAAUACACGUCGUUGACGAGUGGGUGUCAUAGUCAG